CGUGCGAUAAGCAUUCCAGCUCCGGAUCGUCGCAGGCAUGCUGAUCACCUUAACGCGACUAAAAGAAGCCACCAAGUCUUAUUAGUUCAAGAAAUAAGAAAUUUUUAAAAAAACUAUUCAUCAUGAAUUAUAAAAUCAGUUUCGUAGUCAUUUCCUUAAUUUUUUACCUCAGAAUUCAUUCAGUUUCUUGUUUAAAAUGCCACGUUUGCAACACUGGCAACAAAGGGCAAGAAGACUGCAUGGAAAUACCACCUACCAUGACCAAGUACCUACAGGAGUGUCAUGGACCUGCAAAUGUCACCUGUAGAAUUCAAGAGCAGUGGGUCGACUUCGAUGUGCUCAAUCAGAAAGCCGAGAAGAGAACCGUUCGACAGUGCGCCUCCACCCCUUUCGACGCUGGCAGGCCGUGCUACUACCGAGCUGGUUUCGGUGGGAAGACCAAUGUCUGCAACUGCCUAGGGGAUGGCUGCAAUGAAGCCACCAGAACGGCCUCCGCUCUGAUUUUAAUCAUCGGAACCUUCCUUUUCUACAAGUUUCUCAUAUAGACACAUAGAGAACAUAAUCGUUUUUUUAGCAGAAUAUACUGAUCAUACAAAUGGGUGUACCAAAUUGUCUAAGUGGUCCUAAAGCAUUAACCUGGCUGUACUGUACAACAUCGUUAAUCCGAAUUAAAUGACUUCGUAAUUUAGAAGCAGUUUUACUCAACUUAAAAGUCGCCGAAACAAAUAAGCAAAAUCGCAUUUUCUUAAUUUUUCUAUACCAAAAUUAAGAGAAAAGAAAACAUUAUAUGUGUAAACAGAAAGCAUGAGUAGGUUGUGUUCUGCUUACAUCUAUAUAUUUCUGUUCAUGAAAAGGAAUGCAAUUUUAACUAUAUUUUCUAUUUAUUUAAAAUUUUAACCUACUUUUGUUCUCUUAACAGACUUUAAAAAGAUGAUUCCGAUCUCUUUUAUCUAAGAAUUGUAGACUCAUUUGUUAGUUCAAUCAAGAUUUGGUGCUGUUUCUACCUUCGCGGAUAUUUCCGUUCCAUAUUUAACUCUCACAUAUUCCAUUCGGAAGUUAGAUCUGAAAAGAGUAGAUUUUGCAUGGCUUUGUUUCCACGUUAAAUGAAAUAUGAAUACCAUUAUAAUCUCACAAACUGGAAAAUGCAACAACAACUAUAAAAUAUGCGAAAUAAAACGAUAAUUAUUUGAAAAGUCUUAUAUUUAAAGCUGUGGAAUAGUACGAUUGCUAUAAAAAUAUUUUCAUUGCUAUUCUAAAUUCUUGUUGCUUCCAUGCACGUGGCAGUAUUGAAUGUUUGAGCAGACGAUUUGGAAAUUUAAAUAAUUUCAAAAUGCGCAUGCGCAAGAUAUAUCUUUCGUAGCAUCGUAAUUAUUUACAAACAAAUAUCUUUCCGGUUGCCAUUUGAUGCAAAUAAUUUCUAUAUUAAUUAUUUAAAUUCAUAAAAAUGUUUAAAAGAAUUGGAAAUCAUUCUUAUUUUUUAAAAAAAUUUAUUUGCGUUUAUUUUUGCUUCAGAAAUGUUAUUUUCUCAUGUUUCAAAUUUUACCAUUCCUUAAUUAUUCAAGAACACAUUGUUAUUCAUUAAAAACCUGUUCUAUAAUAAAUAUUUGAAAAUUAAUUUCUGUUCAAAACCAAAAAUAUAUUAUGGUAUAUUUAUACAAUAAUGUAUUUUGUAAUAACUUAUUUUACUAAAAUAAAAGUUCUUUUUUUUACUACAAAAAUUUCUAGCAUUCAAUGUAAAAUAAUAAUAAAUAAAAAUGAACUUCAAUAAUAUCUUUAAAAUACUUGAAGACAUUAUCUUUACUUAUUUAUAUAUCUUUCAAAUAUAUCUUUCUUAAAGAUAUGCUGUAUAACUUUGAAAUACUUACAGAUAUUAUUGACAUUUAUUUUUAUUUCAAUUGUAUUUGAAAUGAAAUAAUUAAGAAUAUACAUAAUAAUUAUUAUUAUCAUUAUUGAAACAUGAAACUUAUUAUACUGCAAAAAAGUGAAUAUGAAUUAAAAAUUCAUAUUCCAUAUGAAUUAAACGUGCAGACAUGAAGACGAUCUGGAAUUUCGAACAUCUUAUUUUGUAUCUACUAUGUUUAACUAUCUGGAUUUUUGGAAACUCUUAGAUUAUUUGCGUUCACCUAUAUGUAUUAAACAUAAGAUAAUUUCAAUCCUACAAUCAAAAUUAUUUCGCAUUUUUUAUUUUUAUUUUUACUGAAAGAAACAUUUUUCUAUUUUUAUUUCUAUAAUCAUUUUCAAGGGGAAAAAAUCACAUUACUUCAUUUCAAUUUUUUUCCUCCAAAUGCACUGAUUUUUAAUUAAAAAAAUCAGCCUAUGUAGGAAUAAUUUAAAAUAAUUUUAUCGUUAAAUAUUUCUCCCUAUUUUAACUUUACAUUGUAUUUUUAAUGUUUGUGUUUAAUUCGACUUUGAAUGUUUUUAUUGACAUGAAAAUAUGAUUUCAGUGUAUUUAUUUAUCCCUAACUCUGAAACUGAGCAUUUAUUUAAUCUUGUGCUGUUGCAUUUGUUGACGAACAUUUUGAUGUACUGUUUUUUAAUUAAGUGUAAUUAUUAAAUGCAAAAAAUAUCACCGAAUUUGUAUUUUUUAUUAUUUUUAUCUAUAACCACCUUAAAUCAAGAUUUAAUUAUAUUACAUGGCAUUGUUUUGGAACAAAAGUGUCCAUAAAGUUAGAAUUGUUAUAUAAUUCUAUAUAUAUCAUUCGUAUAUUUAUAUUAUAUUAUUUAUGUGUGUAUAAAAUAAUAUAAAUAUACAAAUAAUGUAUGUUUUCACAUUUUAUUUACUGAUACACAAGUUUAAAUACACCUCAGAUAUAGAUAAUCAAUUUUUUUAAAGAAAAAGAGAAGAAUUUUUAUGAAGAAAAGUUUUUACGGAAACAUGAUGUGCUCAAUUAUGAAUGAUUUUUAUAAAUACACUAAAUCUUUUGCAUUAAAAGGAAUUGUUUUUUUUUUAUAAAAUGAAUAGUACUGUAUAGAAUUAGAUCAAGCACUUUAAAAUGAUAUUUUCAAAUAAAGAAUUCUUAAAUAUUUUUGUACUGUUUUUAUUAAUUUUAUCUAGAGCAAGGUUUUUAAUUUUUUUUUCUUGCCACCAAACUUCAAAUCUUUAAUUGUCUCUUUUUCAAUAAUUUAAAUAAUGAAACUGCGUAAAUAUUUUUAUUUUUAAAUAUACAAAAGAUGACUUAUUUAUUACUAUGGAUGGAAAGAAUUUAGUUCAAUGUAGUUUCUUUGGCAACUUUUUCUGAAAAAAAUAAAAAAAUCAGGUUUUGACUCUGAUAAUUAUAGGUCCUUAUAAAACUCGAAAGAUGUGUUUUUUAAAUUUUUGGGUCAUAAUUCAUAAUUUUAGAAGCCUCGCUCUUCAAGCUAUAUUUCUGUAUGCCAGUCCAACUCUCUAAAAUGCUACUGAAAAUUAAAAUUUUAUUAGUAAGACUUGUUUCAGUAUAACUUUUGUAUUAUAAAUUCUGUAGCUUUCUUAAUCUUCUUCAAAUAUUAUAUAUGAAAUAAGAUUUAUUUAUAAGAUAUAUUUGUGUGGAAUGUUCGAUCUUGGUGAUUGAACUUAUCAGCUAUUUACCAAAGAAAUGUUUCAUAAAAACUCUUUUAAUGCAAAAUGUUAACCUGAUCAAAUAUUGUUAAGUUUUUAAAUUACAGUUGUAUAUUUUUUGUACAUAAAUUUGCUGUUAUAAGGUUGAUUAUAUUUUGAAAAUUUUCUAGUAUAAAAGUUUUGCUGAAAAAUCAGAAAUAUUUGUAUCCUUUUUUAAUAAAUGAUAAUGCCCAA